UCUGAUAGAGACAUUAUUGCUCUAAGAAUCUCGACAACUUCAAUUUCUUUAAUCCAUUUCUCUACCUUCCUCCAGAUGGAAGACCAGAGUCCUCACCAGCAGCAGAUUAUCGAAAUUAGUCGAAAUGUGUCUGAUGGUGGGCCAAGCCUAGGAGGGGUUAAGGUCUGUGGUGAAGCCCCAUGUGGAUUCUCAGAUGCUGAAGCCAGCUUGAAGGAUGCCAAAGAACGAUCUGCAUCUAUGCGGAAGCUUUGCAUUGCAGUUGCACUCUGUGUUGUUUUUAUGAGUAUAGAAGUAGUUGGAGGAAUAAAAGCCAAUAGUCUUGCCAUCUUAACUGAUGCAGCGCAUCUGCUUUCUGACGUUGCAGCCUUUGCCAUCUCCUUGUUCUCAUUGUGGGCAUCUGGGUGGGAGGCAAAUCCACGUCAAUCUUAUGGUUUCUUUAGGAUUGAGAUCCUUGGUGCUCUGGUUUCCAUCCAGAUGAUAUGGCUCCUAGCCGGGAUACUGGUUUUUGAAGCCAUUUCUAGAUUAAUUCAUGACACAGGUGAGGUAAAAGGCUUUCUGAUGUUUGUUGUUGCUGCUUUUGGUUUGUUGGUUAAUAUCAUCAUGGCUUUCUUACUGGGGCAUGAUCAUGGCCAUGGACACGGCCACAGCCAUGGUCAUGAUCAUAGUCAUAGUGGACAUGAUCAUGACCACAGUCGUGACCAUGGCCAUGGCCACAACAACCACAGCCAUGGGAUAAGCAUUGUGACACAUCAUGAAGGGCAAUCCAAACAUCAUGAUGAGCAUGAUCAUGUUCAUGAAGCCGACCUUUAUGAACAUCUGCUUCAGAAAUCUUCAGAAGAUGCACAAAGAGCAAAUGCCAGUGAUGAACAGAAGAAGAAACAAAGGAACAUCAAUGUGCAGGGAGCUUAUCUUCAUGUACUCGGUGAUUCCAUCCAGAGUAUCGGAGUGAUGAUUGGAGGGGCAAUCAUAUGGUAUAAACCCGAGUGGAAGAUUAUAGAUUUGAUAUGCACCCUUAUCUUCUCAGUGGUUGUGCUUUGCACAACAAUACAAAUGCUGCGGAACAUACUGGAGGUUCUGAUGGAGAGCACGCCAAGAGAGAUCGAUGCAACAAUGCUUGAAAGGGGCCUAUGUGAGAUGGAUGAGGUUGUGGCUGUUCAUGAACUACACAUUUGGGCAAUAACAGUAGGAAAGGUCCUGUUGGCUUGCCAUGUGAAGAUCAAAAGGGAUGCAGAUGCAGACAUGGUGCUUGACGAAGUCAUAGAUUAUAUCAGGAGAGAAUAUAACAUCAGCCAUGUUACCAUACAGAUAGAGCGCUAGGUGGGCUCUGCACUUCUUGAUGGAGAGAACAGUGGUGAGAGUGAACUAGUGGCAAGAGAAGUAUUUGCUUUUCUUCUAGUCAGGAACCUGAAAUUGGUUCUUUUUAACUGUAGAGCAACUAUAUCAGUUAGCAUUAGUCUAAUAGAGCUUGCUUUGUGUACAAUACCUUAUUAGCAGUGCCAAAUCAUAUUGAGGUGCGGAAAUUGGAAUCUGGAUGGAUCUUUUUAUUA